CGGUUUAGGAAUAACUUUCACAUUUUAAUAGUGCUAGAGAGCAAGCAAGCGAAUAUCACUCAGAUGCAUGCCACUACACUGACGGGAGUAUAAGAAAGCAUUGCACUGACUCGAGUGCACAGUGCUCCAAGUGAGUCUCUCCAAGCAAAUGUAAAAAUCUAUUAGAAAAGAGGACCAUUUGGCUUUUUUUUGAUGAGGAGGAGAAAGCAACCAGGUAUUAGGGUUUGCAUGCAUUGUUUAUUCUAUGGAACAUCAUAAAUAACUUAUUUUAUCCCUGGAAAAAAACAAGAUUCACCUGCAGAAGGUGAAAUUUGUUUUCCUUCGGUGGAACGAGCGACACGCGCUUGUUCGACUGUCUGGUGCGCUGUGUUGCCUUCUCCUUCCUUUGGAUUCCUUUGGAUACAUCAUCGAGGGUACCCACUGGAGGUAUGAUGCAGUGAGAGUGGGAUCCAGCCAUUCAGGUAGAUGUCGCUCACUUUGCUCAUUCAUCAACUUUCCGUGGCCUUAUAGCGUAUGCGCAUCUGACCCAGUGAAAAUAGAUUUUUCUCGUUUGGUCUCCAUCUCAUGCGCGUUCUCCUGUGCAUUGUGCUGAUAACAACUUCACCGUCUGGUCUACCAGGGAGACAUUGUAACAACUUCAGUGAUCAGCUUAGUACAACACAGCUUGCAGAAUCAGGACACUGGGAGAGAAGUUUGGGGAGAAUGAAGAGUCGUCGGGUGCGGGGGAAGCAUGAGUGGCCGGUGUAUCACUGUUAGACGGGCGGCUCUGAUGGUUCUAUGGGAGUGUACAACUCUAAGCCUCCUCCAGUGCUGGGUGGUAGUGGCGGCGGCCGCGGGGGCCAGCCGUACUGGGGUUGGGGCCGCUGCAGAUGCAGGGGGCUCCAGCAAUGCAACGGGGCCCUUUGCCUGGCUCCUGUCUGACAAAGGGCCCUUUCAUCACUCCCAGGAGUUUUCUGACUUUACGGAGCGCUACCAGCAAGGAUUCACCACCAAGUACACAAUAUACAGGGAGUUUGGCCGCUGGAAGGUGAACAGCCUGGCUCUAGAGAGACAGGAUAACAAUGGUCUGGCUCUGCCUCUGGACCCCGAGUUCCUUCAGACCAUAAGGCACCUGGGCAGACGGCCCAGCCUCAGCUCUAUCACAGACAGCAUCAUCAGGAAGUACGGAACACACUUCCUACUCUCAGCCACCCUGGGGGGGGAGGAGUCGUUAAUGAUCUUUGUGGACAAGCGGAGGUUGAGUAGGACAGUAGAGGCAAGCGAGGCCAACGGUACGGCCGUAACUCUGGAGGCACUCCACCAGCUGGCUGCAUCCUACUUCAUCGACAGGGAAGGCACCUUGCGCAAGCUGCACCACAUCCAAAUAGCAUCCACAGCCAUCAAGGUGACCGAAACAAGGACAGGCCCUCUUGGAUGCAGUAACUAUGACAACCUGGACUCAGUCAGCUCUGUUCUGGUUCAGAGCCCUGAAAACAAGAUUAAUCUGCAAGGUCUCCAGACCAUCCUACCAGAGUACCUAAAGGCUAGGUUUGUCCAGGCGGCUCUGAACUACAUUGGCUGUAAUGAGGAGGGUCAGUUUGUGUGCCGGAACAAUGACUGUUGGUGCCGCUGCAGCCCAGGCUUCCCCCAGUGUAACUGCCCCGACGUGGACCUGAGAGCCAUGGAGGCCAGCCUAAUGCACAUCAGGGACACCUGGAACAUGGCCAACCAGGACUUUGAGGAGUCAGAGGAGUUCCAGAACUUUGUACGGAGACUCCCGACAUUCUACGCCCUCAACACAUCUGCCAUCCAGUACUUCUGGAAAAUGGAGCCUGCCGUCCAUCAGCGCUACAGACAGCUAGAGCUCAGCAGCAGACAGCUUAUCGCCAAAUCCAGACGGAUCGUCGACAAACUCUUCACCCUCAGCAAGAGGUGUCGGACACAGCUGACAGUCAUUGUGCUGAGAAAGAGGUCCUUCAGCUACUGGCUGAACUACAUCCUGUCCAUCAUGUACUGCAGUGAGAACAACUACAUAGGUUCCUACCUGGAGGAGACAAGGAGCUGCUCUUGCCCCUACGACCAUCCAUCCUGCCAGGGUGUCAUCCCCUGCACUGUGGGCGAUGGCUCUUUCUGCGCCUCCUGCUCCUAUGACAACCGCUCCCGCUGUGCCAGCUGCAACCCCGGGUACAUGCUCAGCCAGGGGGUCUGCCGCAAUGAGGUCCCAGACUCCACGGACCACUACAUCGGCUUCGAGACGGACCUGCAGGACCUGGAGCUGAGAUACCUGCUACAGAAGAAAGACAGCCGUAUUAGCAUCCAUGGGAUCUUCGUCAGCAACGACGUCCGACUCAACAACUGGUUUGACCCGUCGUGGAGGAAGAGGAUGCUGUUGACACUGAAGAGCAACAAGUACAAGUCCAAUCACGUCCACAUGCUACUGGGGAUGACCCUGCAGAUCUGCCUAACUAGGAACAGCUCCCUGGAACCAGUGCUGUCUGUCUACAUCAACCCCUUCGGGGGAAGUCACUCUGAGAGCUGGAGCAUGCCCAUAGACCAGAACAGCUAUCCUGAUUGGGAGAGGACUAAACUAAACAUUCCCCUGGACUGUUACAACUGGACAUUGACUUUGGGUAACAAGUGGAAAACUUUUUUUGAGACUGUCCACUUCUACCUGCGGAGCAGGAUCAGGGCUCCGUUGCCCCAAGGGAACGGCUCGGUGUACUACGAACCUUUCGAGUUUCUGGAGCCCGGUAAGAACCUGGGCUACAUGAAAAUAAAUAGCAUCCAGGUGUUCGGCUAUAGUAUGCAUUUUGACCCGGAAGCAAUCCAGGACCUGAUUCUGCAGCUGGACUACCCGUACACUCAGGGAUCUCAGGACUCAGCCCUGCUGCAGCUGCUGGAGAUCAGGGACCGGGUCAACAGACUGUCCCCUCCCGGACCUCAGCUCCUGGACCUGUUCUCCUGUCUCCUGCGCCACCGCCUCAAAUUAUCCACCACAGAUGUUGUCCGAAUACAGGCAGCGUUGCAGGCUUUCUCUGCCAAACAGCCGAACUCCAUGGAAUACGAAACAACCAAAUUAUGUAGCUAAUAAGGUGCCAGUGUCCAGAUACAAAGAUGCUUGUGCUGCUAUCACACUGACCUGAUUACAGUUAAGAGCAAUUUUGGAAGGCACUGAGGGACAUUUUGGUUAUGAUCAAGAGAUAUGCAUUUGGGUUAAUGUAAAAUUAUAAGUUUCUGGAAAUGUGUAGUGUCAUAGACACAUAAGGGGGCUUCACCAUGUUCACUUUGCCUUUUUACAUAAUAACAAUAAAACUCAGACUUUCUGACCAUUAUCAAUAUCAAAAGAUUUAUCAUCACUGAUAUGUUGCCCAUGUGCUGAAAUCCGUAAAUUGCACAGAUCUCAAUAAUCAUUUACAAUGUGAUGCUUUUGCUGAUAAUGAAGUGUUAUCUCGACAGUGUGUUUGGUUUGACACCAGCAUGGCUUUAGGUCCUUCACUUUGUUAUUAAACAUACACCAUGUUUUUAUACUCACACUCUUCAGUUUAAUCCUACCCCACCCCAUGUUCAGAGCUACAUGAGUCACUAUGGAAAUCAACUGUUCCUUGUUUUACAUUUUUUCAUAUAUUUAAAUUCCCACAAAUUGGAGUUACAACAGUACUUCAGACGUACAGAAAUAAAACACCAUAAAUGCAAUGGCUAGUAUGUUAUGUUACAUGUAAUUACAUUUUUUAUAAUGCAGUUGUUUGUGAACAGUCACUAAGCAAUGUUGAUAUGUUGUAUAACAUUCUGAAUUUGUUAAUUCACUAAAUAAAAGUCAUUUUUAUGUCCUGUCUGUAAA